CACACACACACACUGCAGGGUAUAUAAGCAGAAGCAGAGGACUCCCGGUCGGAGAAGCAGCAGCAGACUGACUCCAGCCAGCAGCAGCUCCUCUCUCCAGCUUCCUCUGAGUCCAACGCUGCGUUGAAACAGACGCAAACAUCUCUCACUCCUGAGAGGGAUCAUCCGCCCUGAACUAUCGCCACCAUGUCUGAUCAAGGUGCCACCGCAGUUCCGUCCGAAGCCCCCCCUCCACCCUCUGGGCCCCGUCCCAAGGGGACGAGCCGUGGCCGCACCUCAGUUCCCAUGGCCAGCGCCAACUCUGACUCCACAGACAUCCCUGAGUUUGAGUUCUUCGGAACCCCGAGAGGACUUCCACCUCUGACCGAGUUUCUCGACAUCACCGAGGUGGACAUGAUGAAGGAGCCAGAUAAAGGCAACACAAUUCAACACCACACCGCGUAUUUCAACACCAACAAUCUCAUCGUCCGCCGGGGACAAGAGUUCCAGGUCAAGGUCACCUUCAACCGUCCCUACGACGCCGCGAGCGACAAGUUCGCUGUGGAGUUUGUCAUCGGCUCCAGCCCUCAGUUCAGCAAGGGCACCUACAUCCCCGUCUUCCCCACUAAGGAUCGUCAGAGCUCCUGGAAAGGCCGCGUCACAGACAAGUCAGGCAACUCGGUCACCAUGGGCAUCACUCCUAUGGCCAACUGCAUUGUGGGGAAGUACCAGAUGUACGUCGCCGUGGCGACACCCUUCGGCAUCCGCAGGACGACGCGGGACGACAGCCGAGACCUCUACAUCAUCUUCAACCCCUGGGUGGCAGAUGACGCUGUGUUCCUGGAUGAUGAGAGGGAGAGGGAGGAGUCUGUGAUGACUGAGAUGGGGAUCAUCUACCACGGCGCCUACGACGAUGUCUCGGAGAGAAACUGGAACUAUGGACAGUUUAACCAUGGAGUCCUGGAUGCCUGCCUGUACAUCAUGGACAGGUGUGAGAUGCCCAUCACCAACAGGGGAGACCCCAUCAAGGUGACCAGAAAGGCCUCUGCUAUGCUGAACUCUCGUGAUGACGAUGGCGUGUUGGUGGGGAACUGGAACGGCGACUACACCUACGGCGUGGCGCCCACCUCCUGGACCGGCAGCACAGAAAUCCUGAUCAGCUACGCCAGAAGCAAGAUGCCCGUCUGCUACGCUCAGUGCUGGGUCUACGCCGCCGUCUUCAACACCUUUCUGCGCUGUCUGGGCAUCCCAUCCCGAGUCGUCACAAACUUCUUCUCGGCCCACGACAACGACGGAAACCUGAGGACCGACAUCAUCCUGGAUGAGACCGGCAGGAUUGACCGCAACCGCACCAGGGACUCGAUCUGGAACUACCACUGCUGGAAUGAGUGCUACAUGACCAGGCCAGAUCUCCCUACUGGCUUUGGAGGUUGGCAAGUUGUGGAUGCGACACCACAGGAGACCAGUGAUGGCAUGUACAGAUGUGGUCCUGCCUCAGUCCACGCCAUCAAACAUGGGCAGAUUUGCUUCCCCUUCGACGCUGCCUUCGUCUUUGCCGAGGUCAACAGCGACGUGGUGUUUUACUCCCGGAGGAAAGACGGGACCAUGGAGCCAGUCAAAGUGAACCGGACUCACGUCGGCCGCAUGGUGUUGACCAAAGCUCUUGGAGACAUGACCAGUCGCGAUAUCACCGACCAGUACAAGUUCCCUGAAGGCAGUGCACAGGAGCGGACCGUGCUGGAGAAAGCAGAGGAGUACGGCUGCAAACGAGAGAAGUCGGACCCUCCCCAGGCCGACGUGGACCUGGUCCUGCCCACCAUGGAGAUCAGCAUGGGCGACGACUUUGAGCUGAGCCUGGAGUUCAUCAACCGCAGUGACCAGCAGCGAACCGUAGACGCCUACAUCAGCGGCAACAUGGUGUAUUACACCGGAGUCACCAGCUCUGAGUUCCUGUUCCAGACUCCCUCAGUGAUCAUUCAACCCAACAGUACUGUGAAGGAGUUGGUGGACGUCAAGUCAAAGAAGUACAUGAAGCAUCUGGUGGAACAGGCAAACCUUCACUUCAUCUUUACUGGGAAGGUCGAGGAGACCGGCCAGAUCAUCACCACCAUGAAAGUGGUCACCCUGCACAACCCCAAAAUCAGCGUUGAGGUAUCCGGUGGAGGCAAAGUCAGUGAUGAGAUGAUGGCGAGGGUCCAGUUUACAAACCCCUUCACCUUCAGCCUGGACGACGUCUACAUUCGCAUGGAAGGACCCGGGGUCAUGGCGACCAAGUCCAAAUAUUACAGUCUGAUCCCGGGAGGCUCCUCUCUGACCUGGACCGAGUACUUCAACCCGCAGAGAAGCGGCUCCACCAGAGUGAUCGUCACCCUGGACUGUCCCGCUCUCAGGCAGGUCUCCGGCCAGGCGUCCAUCACCAUCCAGCCCUGAGGGACGCCACAGAAUCACCGAUGUCCCACAUCAUUUAACUCACCUACACUUUAGCCAGAAUAUAAACCUAUAAUAUAGACUGUAGGUUUACAACAGCUAGCAUUUAUAACACAAAGGGGUAAUUGAAAUAGUUUUGUCGUGUUAGGAAAAAGACAGCUAUGGGAUUUUUUUUUUGUAUGAUUACAAACUAGUGGAUCCACAUAAAAUGUUCUAUCGUAGUGAAUUUUGUCUUUUUGACCAUUUGAUAGCUCAAAUGUUUUCAUAUGAGGAUUAUUUCUUAAAUUUAAAGCUGCAGUAAUCAGGUUUAUUUCUACUGGGGAGUAGAAUUACUCCAAAAAUAUCUAAACAGAAAUAUGUUAUUGUCUUAAUAAUUCGAUAGGACCUGGAUUUAUCAGAUAGGAAAUGUUCCAUUAAAAAUAAUGAGCUAAAAAAAGGCUGAAAAGCUCAGUGGGAUGAUAUUUGUCUGUGAAUAUUAGCAACUAAAUUUAUGCUAAUGUUCAAAUUUCAGUUACAAAAUACUGAUUAAUGCAACUUUAACUUUUCCACUGGAAAAUGUAGCCCUGCUAUGCAACAACAAUUACAUUUAAACUGUUGUAUUUUAGUUAGUGUUCUGACAACUCUUUAUAUAAACGUGUACAAGAACAAAUGCAACCAUCAAAAACAAUAAAACAUCCAAACCUG